AUGAAGGUCUUUCUAGCCACUCGCACCGCACUGGUUCUCGCCGCCGCGGCUGUGCUUUCUCUGGCGAGCCUGAACUCGGCCUCGGCCGACCAAAAGCUUGCCUGGAAGUUCAAGCCAGGUGAGGAACUGCAAUACGCAACGAUGCAGGAGAUGGAAGUCGCGGUCGACGCUGGUGGAAUCGAAAUCAUCUUCGAAGUCGAUCAAGCCUUGGACCUGACUUGGAAGGUCAAGUCGGUUGCCGAUGACGGAAGUGCCACGCUGACCCAAUCGAUCGACCGCCUGCAGUUCCGUAUGAACUCGGGUUUCACCGGUGAAUUCGCCUACGAUUCGAAGGCUGGCGAAGAAGGUGAAGGCAUGAUCUGGGAGCGUAUGGGCCCCAUUCUCUCCGGUCUGACGACCGGAACGAUUGACGUCACGAUCACGCCCACCGGUGAGAUCAAGGACGUUGUGCUCUCCGAUGACCUCUCGGAAGCCUUCGAGGCUGCCAAAGAGGGGGACAACGGGGGAGCCGGUGGUAUCUUCGCUCUGCUCGGCAUCGGAAUGGACGCCGAGACCGUGAAGUUGGCCAUCGCCGAUUCCGUCAUCCAACUGCCCGCCGAAGCUGUCGCCGAGGGCGGCACCUGGGGUAACACCACCGAAUUGGAAAUGGGCCCUGCCAAGCAGGUUACCGAAAAGACCCUCUCCUUCGAUGGCACCGAAGACCGUGACGGCGCGAAGCUCGCCAAGAUCGGGGUGGCCAGCGAGAUGAUGCUCGAGAUUGACGAAGACAACGAAGCCGACGUCGAACUCGAAAUCACCGAGCAAGAAUCGACCGGUACGGUCUACUUCGAUGUCGAAGCUGGCAAGACGGUCGACGCCUCGACCCAAACCUUGCUCGUCCUCGAAGGCGAAUCGCCGAUGGGUGAACUGAUCAUGGAGCGGACCAUCACCAGUUCGCUCAAGCAGGGCACCAACGAUGACCUCAUCGAAGCCAAGCCUGAGGAAGAGUCCUCGGAUAGCGACGACGACAGCGAUUCCGAUAGCGACUCUGAAGACAGCGACUCGGACGCCGGCCAACGUCUGGGGCGACGGAUUGGACCCGUUGUGCUACCCUGGUUGAAUGCUGAACGCGGCUAUGCCGCCACAGGCAAACAUGAAUCACUACCGGGCGACGGCUUCACCGGCCGUCUGAUUGCCACUGCGGCAGAACAUUCCUUCGCCAGCCGUCGUUUUGAGAGCACGUUUUUGCCGUCGAUGUUGAUGUGCGAUUUCACCAACCUGGAGCGCGAAGUGCGCCGCUUGGAAGAAGCGGGGGUGGUCGGGUUGCAUCUCGACGUGAUGGAUGGCAAUUUCGUGCCGAACCUGACCUACGGGCUGCCGAUUGUGUCGGCGAUUCGCCGCCUGACAUCGCUGGUGAUCGACGUGCACCUGAUGAUAACCGAUCCGGCGACCUAUGCCCCACAGUUUCGCGACGCGGGGGCCGACAUCAUCAGCUUCCAUGCCGAGGCGGUCGAUGAGCCGGGCGAAGUGGUUGAAAUCAUCAAGAACUCCGGAUCCGCGGCCAGCAUUGCUAUCAACCCCGUCACUCCGCUAUCAGCGAUCGAGGAUUGCCUUGAUAGCUGUGACAUGGUGUUAGUGAUGAGUGUUUCGCCAGGGUUCGGUGGGCAGUCGUUCGAAAGCGUUGCCCUGGAGAAGCUUAAGCAGCUUAGUGAACGCCCCGACUUCAAUGCUUUGCUAGAAGUGGAUGGCGGCGUGAACGACUCGACGAUUGCCUUGUGUCAGUUAGCAAAAGGUAGCAGUCGUAUGUUGCGAAUCAUCUUGAUCCGACCCGGCACGACCGACUACGUCGAUCAAGCUCGCGUCCACGGCAACCUCGAUAUCCCGCUGAAUGAACAGGGGGAAGAGGAAGUUUCAAAAACGGCAGAAGCUUUGCGCGACCAGAAUAUCCGCGCGGUGUUCUGUUCCGACGCCGAACCCGCACUCAGCACGGCCAAAACGCUGGCCGCGGCGCUCGACGUGAAGGUGCGAAAACUGGACCACAUGCAAAACCUCGACCACGGUCUGUGGCAGGGCAUGUCGGUUGAAGAAAUCAAACGCAAACACCCCAAGGUCUAUCGGCAGUGGCAAGAACACCCCGAUAGUGUCUGCCCUCCCGCGGGUGAAUCGCUUAGCGACGCCCGAGCCCGGGUGCAUGGGGUGUUGAAAAAGCUGCUGAAGAAACAAAAGGAUGGCACCAUUGCCCUAGUAGUUUCCGAACCGCUGACUUCGCUCGUACGCAGCGAUCUGCAACAAUGCGAGUUGGGCGAUUUGUGGAAAGCUUACACCGCACCGGGCGGCUGGCAGCACCGUGAGAUCAGAGGUGAAACGAUGAGUGUUGGUAAAUCCGAUCCGAAGACCACCGGACGUCGUCCCAAGCGUGGUGUGCCCGAGGGACUGUGGAAACGCUGCCCUGGCUGCCGGGCGACCAUCUUCCGCAAAGAAGCCGAGAAGCGAUUGGGCGUUUGUCCCGAGUGCGAUUACCACUGGUAUGUCUCGGCCCGCGACCGCAUCAACCAACUAUUGGACGAAGGUACGUUCGAAGAGUGGGACGCCGAACUCGAACCUGUCGACGUGCUUUCUUUCAGCGAUAAGAAGGCCUACCGCGAUCGGCUGGUCGAAGAACAAGCACGCACCGGACUACGCGAUGCAGCGAUCGUCGGCACCGGUAUGAUCCGGGCUCGCCGCGUUGCCUUCGGCGUGACCGACUCGGCUUUCAUCAUGGGAAGCAUGGGCGCGGUCGUCGGCGAAAAACUCACGCGUCUUGUGGAACGAGCCACCGAACAGGAUCUACCGCUGAUCAUCAUCAGUGGUUCUGGCGGCGGUGCCCGCAUGCAUGAGGGGAUUCUUUCCCUGAUGCAAAUGGCGAAAGUCUCCGCCGCGUUGGCUCGCUACGACGAAGCCGGCGGGCUCUACAUCUCGGUGCUGACCAAUCCCACCAUGGGCGGUGUGGCAGCGAGCUUUGCUUCGCUGGGCGAUGUGAUAUUUGCCGAGCCGAAAGCCUUGGUCGGAUUUGCUGGCCCGAGAACGAUUAAGGCCACCAUCCGCAUCGAGCUGCCCAAGGGAUUUCAAACGAGUGAGUUCUUGCUCGAGCACGGUUUUGUCGACCGCAUCGUGAGCCGGGGGAAUCUCAAAAGCGAGAUCGCCCGUACGAUUGACUACUGCGGGAAGUAA